CGGCGCCUGGCCACCGGCGGAGUUCGGCAAGAUGGUCCCGGCGAGUCCCGUCGCCCGGCCGCUGCGUCACGUCGCGCGCGCUCUCUUUCCCUGUGUUUGGAGAGGGAAAUACUUCAGCUCCGGGAAUGAACCGGCAGAAAGCAACCGGGUGACACCUAUGUUUCGACAUCUCAUGUACAAAAUAAAGUCUACCGGUCCCAUCACGGUGGCCGAGUACAUGAAGGAGGUGUUGACCAACCCGGACAAGGGAUAUUAUGUUCACCAUGAUAUGCUAGGAGAAAAAGGAGAUUUCAUUACUUCACCUGAAAUAAGCCAGAUCUUUGGAGAGCUAGUAGGGAUAUGGUUCAUUAGUGAAUGGAUGUCCUCUGGAAAAAGUUCAGCUUUUCAGCUAGUAGAACUGGGCCCAGGUCGGGGAACACUCACAGGAGACAUUUUGAGGGUGUUCAGUCAGCUUGGAUCUGUGCUGAAAACCUGUGACAUUUCAGUACACCUGGUAGAGGUGAGUCAAAAAUUAAGUGAGUUUCAGGCACUGACAUUGACUGACAAGAAGAUACCAUUAGAGAGAGAUGCGGAAUCUCUUGUGUAUAUGAAAGGUGUGACCAAGUCUGGGAUUCCAGUUUCCUGGUACCGUGAUCUGAAGGAUGUUCCAAAAGGAUACAGCUUCUAUCUUGCAAACGAAUUUUUUGAUGUUCUUCCUAUACAUAAAUUUCAGAAAACACCACACGGAUGGAGAGAAGUACUCAUUGAUAUUGACCCACAAGUUUCUGAUAAGCUGAGAUUUGUCUUGGCACCUGGUGCCACUCCAGCAGAAGCCUUCAUACAAUGUGGUGAAACAAGAGAUCAUAUUGAAGUAUGUCCAGAGGCUGGGGUAAUUAUUCAGGAACUUUCUCAGCGCAUUGCACUCACUGGAGGUGCUGCACUAAUUGCUGAUUAUGGUCAUGAUGGAACAAAGACAGACACUUUCAGAGGGUUUUGCAGCCACAAGCUUCAUGACGUGUUAAUUGCCCCUGGAACAGCAGACCUAACAGCUGAUGUGGAUUUCAGUUACUUGCGCAGAAUGACACAAGGAAAAGCAGCCUCACUGGGGCCAAUCCAACAACAAACAUUUUUAAAAAAUAUGGGCAUUGAUGUCCGACUGAAGGUUCUUUUAGAUAAAGCAGAUGAGCCAUCAGUGAGGCAGCAGUUACUUCAUGGGUACAAUAUGUUAAUGAAUCCUAAGAAGAUGGGAGAAAGAUUUAACUUCUUUGCCUUGCUACCUCAUCAGAGACUUCAAGUUGGAAGUCAUCAGAUGGGCACAUGUCAGUCAAAACCCUCUGCAUCAUCACCUGUAGCUGGAUUUGGUGAACUAACUUGGCAGUGACAGUUCUAGACUUUUCACUUCUCAGCCUACUCAAGAAAUUAUAAGGAAUACACUUCAAACGCUGAAGAUAAUGUGACUGGUUGAAAGUAUUUUAACUCUUCACAAUCAUAAAAAAUAGUCCCCCCUUUUCCCACUAUAUGGGAGCAUGAACUUGGGGCAGUUGUGCUUACAUGGCUUGUUGGCUCAUGGCUGGCAUUCUUUUACCUGAGCCCCAACUCCAGCCAGACUUUUUUGCUGGUUAAUUGGAGUCUCUCAGACUAUUCUGCCAUGAUCCUCCAGGUCUCAAGUCUCCUGAGUA